UUUUUUUUUUUUUUAGCACAUAAACAUAUGUAUCGGGGAUUAUCAUAACUGUUGCAGGAGGACCUAGGACACUGUGGGCAGUACCAUAUAGGCAGUUGUUCCUAGUUUCUACAAGAAAGCUAGGUAUCUGAGAGUCCCAGUGUGAAACAGAGAAUGAUUCUGUAAUCAACCUGUUUUCUUCCUUGAAUUUCUUCAGUGCUAUUCUGUCUCAGACUUUUAAGGAAAAUGUAUCCUUUCCUCUCCCAAACUGCUUCUGUUCAGGGUAGAUUUAUCAAGAGAAGGAGACCUAGAACAGUGUAUUGGUAAGAGUAUAUGACACAUACAUUUGAAUCAAUGUUCUCUGUACUCAACAACAGAACCCUUCUGUACCCUCUGGGCAAAAGGGAAGACUUUAGACACCAGAGAAGGGCCAGAAAAUGCAGGGGAGCCCAUAUACUUAUGUCUUUUCCUCUGAAUCCCAAGAAAAAUAUCUAUGUAUUUACCUAUGAAAAUUUGCAGACAAACCUCUCCUAGAGAGAAUGCCCAUUCUUUGAAGGACCAAUACUUUCAAAUUUAGUCCAGGUCUUCCCAGGAAAAAAUUGGAACUCUAUUUAGACUCAUCCUACUCUAGAAGGAAUUAGGAGAUCUGCAGAGUUCUCCCAGUGAUCUCCAGGGGGCAAUAUCGAGACACAUAAUCAAUACUCAGAAGAGUGUGUGAGCCAUGUCUUGCCCUUGUUUUCAUCCCUAAGUCUACUAACCCAGAGAUCCCAUUCUAGACCCUACUCUGACCUGCUAGCUACUUCCUGUGCCUGAGAACACCUCUCUACCUGAGUAGCCUGGAAUGCCCCUUCAUCCUGGCUUCUCUCAUAAGGGUGAUACCACUGAGAAAUCACCUAGACAAUGGGCAUAGGUGACCAAAAAAUAUCAUAGAGGACAUGGGCUCAUCCAACACACAGUUCAGAUAGCACAUGAAGCUGGAAAUUUUCAUUGAAACUCUCUGUAGGAAAAAGGAGCACAAAGUUCUUUCUAGAACGCAUGUCACCUUUUCUCCGACACUGAAGACAUGAAACUCACGACACAACUGCUAUAGAACAUGUCUCCUACAUCAGUAAUUUGACUGGUGAUAAAUAAUUGCUAUUCAUUCCUAGUCACCACUCAGCUGGUCCCUUCUUGGCCCUCAGAGACAUCUUUGUUACCUUCCUGCUGGGAGUGAAUCUCACCUUCCCUGAGCAGUGAGUACAAAGGACAGACUGGGUGCUCAGCUGAGUCUCUUUGUCCAAAGGAUACCUAGGUAGGAUAGAGACUCCCUCUUUGAUGCUGACAGACUUAAGGCCAUGAUUCAGCAGAUGUCAGCCCUGGAUGAACUGUUAUUCUCUAAGGUAUAGGGAUGCUUAUCAGCUUUGUUGCUCAGUGCAUUUCUUAGAGGUAGAAAAUAAAGGGAGAAAGGUUGAGAGGGAAUCAGGACAGCACUGAAAGUGGAAGGAACAGAACAAGGUCUUAGACACAGACCCCACCACCCACAGCCCAUUGGAUUCUGGAAAGUGGUCCUUUCUUGGGAGACACUCAGCUAAGAAGAAGGAAAUACAGAAGAACUUGGGUGCUGUGCUAGAGCUAAAGUUUUUUUCCAGAGGGAGAACAGCACAGCUAGAAGAGAGAUGGAAGCAUCCUCUGUCCUUCCAUGCAAGUGGUGUACCCACUUGCAAGGGCUUCUGCUCACAGCCUCCUUUUUAACCUGCUGUCACCUGCCUACCACUGCCCAAAUAACCAUUGAAUUAGUGCCACCCCAUGUGAUUGAAGGAGAAAAUGUUCUCAUACGUAUCAACAAUCUGCCAGAGAAUCUUACAACCUUAGCCUGGUUCAGAGGAAUGAGGAUUAAGAGCCCUCAAAUUGGACAAUAUACACUGGCCACUAAUGUUACUGUGCUGGGGCCUGGUCACAGUGGUAGAGAAACUUUGUACAGCAAUGGAUCCGUGCAAAUCUACAAUGUCACCAAAGAGGAUAUAGGAUUCUACAGCCUACGAGUCAUGAAUAGACAUGGAGAAAUUGUGUCAAUAACAUCCAUAUACCUCAACGUGUACUCAUCUCUUUGGACAUGUGAGCACCCUUCUCCCCAUGCCAAGCUCACCAUUGAAUCAGUGCCUCCCGGCAUUUCUGAAGGGGGAAGUGUUCUUCUACUGGUUAAAAAUCUCCCCAAAAACCUUCUAUCCCUUUUCUGGUACAAAGGAGUUAUUGCAGUGAAGAAAUUUGAGGUUGCCAGACACAUAAAAGCCACAAAUUCAAGUGUUCCAGGGCCUGCACACACUGGUCGUGAGACAGUAUUCAGCAAUGGAUCCCUUCUGCUACAGGAAGUUAUGCAGAGUGAUACUGGAUUCUAUACUCUACGAACUAUGAGUACAGAUCUGAAAGAUGAAGUAGCACAUGUGCAGCUGUACAUGGACACAUCCCUUUCUACUUGCUACCAACUUUCUCAAGUCAAAAUUGAAUCACUUCCUCAAAAAGUUGCUGUAGGGAAAAGUGUUCUUCUUCUGGUUCACAAUUUGCCUGAAGACUUUCAAGCAUUUUUCUGGUACAAAUCAGCAUAUAGAAGAGAUACAUACAAAAUUGUAGAAUACAGCAGAGCCAUGGAUACCACCAUCAUGGGGAGUGCAUACAGUUUAAGAGAGUUUAUAUACAACAAUGGAUCCAUGCUGAUAAUUGAUGUCACUGUGGAUGAUGCAGGAUUCUUUAUGCUAGAAAUUUUAAGAAAAGAUUUCAAGAUUGAGAAAGCCUACAUUCAACUCCAUGUAAAUAGCUUUGUUCAAAACUCCAAGGAUUCUGGCUCCACUGCAAGGCUCAGUAUAGAAUCAGUGCCCCCCAGCAUUGUUGGAGGGGAAAGUGUUCUUCUACUGGUUCACAAUCUCCCAAAAAAUCUUCAAUCCCUUUUCUGGUACAAAGGUGUAAUUGCAGAGGAGAAAUCUGAGCUCAUCCAACACAUAAUAGCCACAAGUUCAAGCUUGCCAGGGCCUGCACACAGUGGUCGAGAAACAGUGUACAGCAAUGGAUCCAUGCUGCUCCAGAGGGUCAUGCACAAUGAUACUGGAUUCUAUACUCUACGAACUAUAAGUACAGAUCUGAAAGAUGAAAUAGCACAUGUGCAACUCCAGCUGGACACCUCCCUUUCUACUUGCUGUCACCAUUUGCAAGUCAAGAUCGAAUCACUUCCUCAGAAUGUUGCUGUAGGGAAAACUGUUCUUCUCCUAGUUCACAAUUUGCCUGAAGACUUUCAAGCAUUUUUCUGGUACAAAUCAGCAUAUAGAAGAGAUACAUACAAAAUUGCAGAAUACAGCAGAGCCAUGGACAUCACCAUUAUGGGGAGUGCAUACAGUUUAAGAGAGCUUAUAUACACCAAUGGAUCCAUGGCGAUGAUUGAUGUCACUGAGGAUGAUGCAGGAAUUUACAUGCUAGAAAUUUUAAGAGAAGACUUCAAAAUUGAAAAAGCCUAUGUUCAACUCCUUGUAAAUAGCUUUGUUCCAAACUCCAAGGACUCUGGCUCCACUGCAAGGUUCAGUAUAGAAUCAGUGCCACCCAGCAUUGUUGAAGGGGAAAGUGUUCUUCUACUGGUUCACAAUCUCCCAAAAAAUCUUCAAUCCCUUUUCUGGUACAAAGGUGUGAUUGCAGAGGAGAAAUCUGAGCUCAUCCAACACAUAAUAGCCACAAGUUCAAGCUUGCCAGGGCCUGCACACAGUGGUCGAGAAACAGUGUACAGCAAUGGAUCCAUGCUGCUCCAGAGGGUCAUGCACAAUGAUACUGGAUUCUAUACUCUACGAACUAUAAGUACAGAUCUGAAAGAUGAAAUAGCACAUGUGCAACUCCAGCUGGACACUUCUACUUGCUGUAAUCUUCUCAGCUCUGAUCAACUCAUAAUUGAACCAGUGCCUUGGAAUAUUGCUGUAGGGAAAAGUGUUCUUCUCCUUGUUUGCAAUGUGCCAGAAGAUGUUCAGACAUUUUUCUGGUACAAAUCGGUGUAUAGGACAGAUAUUUUUAAAAUUGCAGAAUAUAGCAGAUCCAUGGAAUCCACUAUCUGGGGGCUUGCACACAGUGGAAGAGAGGUGGUGUACACUAAUGGAUCCCUGCUGAUCCAGAAUGUCACUGAGCAUGAUACAGGAUUGUACAUGUUAGAAAUUUUACAUAAGGACUUCAAACUUGAGAGAGCACAUGUGCAAGUCCAUGUAAAUAACCCUGUUUCAUGGCCUUUUGUGCGAGUGACUGACACCACAGUCAGAGUACAGAGCUCAGUAGUCUUCACUUGCUUCUCAGCUGACCCUGGAGUCUCCAUCCGUUGGCUCUUCAAUAAGCAGAGUCUGCAGCUCACAGAGAGAAUGACACUUUCCCCUUCAAAGUGCCAACUCAGCAUAGAUCCCGUCUGGAGGGAGGAUGCUGGAAAGUAUCAAUGUGAGGUCUACAACCCAGUCAGUUCAAAGUCCAGUCUCCCAGUCUGUCUGUCUGUGAUGGAAGAGUGACCUACCUCUCUCCUCUCGUCUACAGCAGUGUGUGGUCAUUUCCGUAUUGAUGGGGUGCAAAAUGGAGAUGAGUUAAGUGGUAAAAAUUGUCAGUUACCACUCAUGUACUGCCUUCAUUGUUAAUCAUGCCUGUAGUCCUGACGUAACCAAGUGUACAAGGAUAGGCCAUGAUUUAAUAUGAAACCUGUUUACCAAAGCAAAAUAAAGACAUCAAUAUAAUAAAACCAAUUGAGGUUAAGAGCUUA